GUGGUAGAAGAUCUCAACAGGGGUGCAAAGGGUACCAAUGCAGCCAACACACAGAAUGACAACAAGGAGGUCACUGUGAAAGGGCUCAGCAACCUGGGGAACACAUGCUUCUUCAAUGCUGUGAUGCAGAAUUUGUCUCAGACACCAACACUGCGAGAGCUUCUGAAUGAAGUCAAACCUUCAGGAAAAACUGUAACUGUCCAAGUGCCUGCUGACUCUCACUCUACACCACGAGAAGUGACCCUGGAGCAGCAGCCUGGGCCACUUACCUUGGCAAUGUGGCAAUUCCUUACUGAGAUGCAGGAGACUAAGAAAGGGGUUGUAACCCCUAAAGAGCUCUUCUCUCAGGUCUGUAAAAAAGCCAUCCGAUUCAGAGGGUAUCAGCAGCAAGACAGCCAGGAGCUUCUCCGCUACCUUCUAGAUGGAAUGAGAGGAGAAGAGAUACAGAGGGUAACGUCAGCGAUUUCUAAGACAUUACAGGCUGCAUCAGAGAAGAUCGAGGAUGAGGGAAGUUAAAAAGAUUGUCAGAGACUGUGAAAAAAGAAGAGUUAUCCCCAACUUUGUGGACCGCUUAUUUGGAGGGAGAACUGACAAGUACAAUAAUGUGUGAGACCUGUCACACAGUAUCUUUAGUUCAUGAGCCUUUUCUCGAUCUCUCACUUCCUGUCUUGGAUGACAUGCCUGCCAAGAAAAGUACUGCAAAAUCAGCAAAAGCGGUCAAUGAAAAAAACGAUGAAGAGGAAAGUGACAAUGACAGUUAUGUAAAAGACAGGAAUGAUCUUCCUUCAGGGCCGAGUAAACACCUUCAAAAGAAAGCAAAGAAGCAAGCCAAAAAACAAGCCAAGACCCAGCGGCGACAGCAGAAGUUACAAGAUAAGACCCUGCUGCUGAAUGAUCAGAACAUGAGCAAUACUGACGAUGAAGGCUUUAUCCCUGACAAUAACAAUGUGCCGGAUAAUAACUGUAGGCAGCAAGAUGAGACCUCAACAAAUGGACUGUCUUCCAGUAUAACCAGUGAAGUAGUAUAUAUGGAAAAUAAAGAGGAAGAUCUAGGACAUUUGGAAAACAAAGAACCAUGCCAGACAAACCCAGAAAAUAAUACUGAGGCUAGCUCUUAUAUCCUGGAAAGCCAACAUAAUUCUGUGACAGAAGAUCAGGAAAAUGGUGCUGAUCUGAAUCGGAGAAGCGUACAUAAGACUGAGCCUAGUCUGGAAACUGAGGGUCAGCCCAGCAAUGAAGUGACUGCUGUUCUGGAAAAUGGAGAUAUCAGACAGACCAACAUAGAUACUGAUGAGGCAAAACAUAAUGCAUUUGACAGCCAGCUAACAGAAAACCUAAAUCGGCUUAAUUUGAGUUCAGACCUAGAAAGGCUAAAUCUGAGCUCAGACCUUGAGCCUAAUGAUAUUGAAAUUCAAAUUAUAGAUGAAACGCACACUACAAAGAUCUACGAAGUGGUGAAUGAAGACCCCAGAACCGCCUUUUGCACCCUUGCGGACCGAAAGGAACUUCAGCUGGAUGAGUGGUCAGUCCUCAGUUGUCUCUAUCAGUUUACCCGCAAGGAGGACCUGCUGGGCAAUAACCAACUGCUGUGUAAUACAUGUACACAGCGACAGGUCAAGACAAUGAAACAUAACAAUAAAGGUAAGAAGAAGUUUGUUUACACGAAUGCCAAGAAACAAAUGUUGGUCUCUGCUCCGCCUUCUAUACUGACCCUCCAUUUGAAGAGAUUUCAGCAGAACGGUUUCAAUCUUCACAAGAUUAACAAACACAUCAAGUUCCCGGAAGUCAUUGACCUGGCUCCCUUCAGUACAGUAAAAUGCAAGAAUAUCUCUGAUGGAGAGGACAGACUUCUGUACUCCUUGUAUGGUGUGAUUGAACACAGUGGAACCAUGCGUUCUGGACACUACACUGCCUAUGUGAAAUCGCGAACCCCAAACACUCAUCUGUGCGACCUUGUACUUCGGAAAGUACUUCCUGAAGUGCCGACUACAGAGCCUACAAAAGGUCAUUGGUUCCACAUCAGCGACAGCCAUGUACAAGCGGUACCACUGAACAAAGUGCUGAACUCUCAGGCCUACCUCCUGUUUUAUGAGAGGAUACUGUAA